AUGACCAGUUCAGAAAACGCUGGUUCCUCACUCCUUAUUGGCGGGCCGGUACCGGGCUCUUCACGUCAAGGCAGGCACAAACAGCGUUAUGGAGAAGCUGGAGAGCGACUUGUGGCGGGGUGCAUCCCUGUUAGGUUUUCUGGUUGUACACAGAGUGCGCAGCAUGUUGAGGUCUGCAUGAUUACGACGGCCAGUGGAAACGGGUUGGUGUUUCCCAAGGGCGGGUGGGAAGACGACGAGAGCGUGGAGUCAGCUGCGCAGAGGGAAACCGUCGAAGAGGCUGGCGUGCGAGGUGUGCUGGAGGAGCCUUUGCUGGGAGUCUUCCCGUUUUCGGGCGGGAAACAUGUGUACGACGCCCAGGGCAACCCGGUGGGCAAAUGUAAGGCAUUCAUAUACGUAAUGCAUGUUGCCGAGGAGCUCCCGUCAUGGCCGGAAAGCAACGACCGACAGCGCAUCUGGUGCACGAUAGCCGAGGCCACAAGGCAAUGCAAGCACCAGUGGAUGCGGGAGGCGCUGCGGGCUUGGGUCCGCAGGAAGGGAUGGGACGAGGUCCUGGAGCCAGCGGAGGGUGGAAGCAACGCCCAGCAUCAACAGCAGCAGCAAACCCCGCCGCUUGACAGCAGCUACAGCUGUGCAGGCAGCUCGUCGGCGCGCCUGGCGGAGCCUGACGUAUACAGCUUUCAGGCGACGGAACCUUUCAUGUCGAUGAGCUCCACCUAG